GGAGCUCGAGCUGCGCGGUCCCACGCCUCACUUUAUCACACGCUCGGUGUCUCGGACGCGCGUCACUUCGGAACGCGCUCUCCAGCCUCCAUCUAUCCAACCAUGGCGCGCGUGGAGAAAUCAACAAUUUGAUGCUUUCAGGACUGAGAGAGAGAAAGAGAGAGACACAGAGACACAGAGACACAGAGAGAGAGAGAGAGAGAGAGAGAGAAAGAGAGAGAGAGAGAGAGAGAGAGAGAGAGAGGUGCUGCUGCGCGCGUAAUCAUUUUUAUCUUUAACCUUUUACAACCUUCUACAAUUCUUUUAUUACUAUUUAUUCUUCCACUCAGGAGAUUUUCCCACCUGACAUCAUUUCUCUGUGGGCCAUCAGGACGGAUUACAGCUUGAUCUUUAUACAUACAGACAAAUCUUCGCACCUCUACGACCGGCUCUAACAACAUCACCACCACGACCGGAGCGUUUAACGGAAAGCGUCACAUUUUAGCGCCUACAACCUUCGCCUCGUCCUUACAGAACUUCAACAGCUGCCCCUUUGCCGAUGGGCUCCGAAUCAGACUGCAUUGUCUAAAUGAAGUUCCUCCGCCAUGCAAUGUUCCUGGAAGGCUGUGAUUCUGCUCGGCCUGGCGUCAAUCGCGAUCCAGUACACGGCGAUCAGGACGUUCACAUCCGAGCCUUUUCAGAUCUGUCCUGUACCGAGCUUUGUUAACUGCAGCCUGGGUCAGGAAGUGGAGACUUUCGAGCGCUUUUGUGACGACUUCCCUUAUUUCCAGUACAAUGCCUCCAGAGCGAAGACUCACAUUCUGAUUCUGGCCACAACACGCAGCGGCUCGUCUUUCGCCGGCCAGCUCUUCAACCAGCACAUGGAUGUGUUCUAUUUAUUCGAGCCACUCUAUCACGUCCAGCAUGCCCUGCUUCCUCACCUCACUCACAGCAGGUAUGCUAUAGAUCGCAGGGUGAUGCUCGGAGCGAGCCGCGACCUUUUGCGCAGCUUAUACCACUGCGACCUGUAUUUCUUGGAGAGCUACAUCAAACCUCUGCCUGCAAAUCACAGCACAGAUAAGCUUUUCCGGCGAGGUGCGAGUCGUGCACUUUGCACUCCGCCUGCCUGUGAUGCUUUCAACCUCAAUGAGGUGACUAUAGAAGAGGGGGAGUGUGUGAGAAAGUGCACUCUCCUCAACCUGACCCUGGCAGCCGAGUCCUGCCGAGAAAGGAGGCACGUGGCGAUCAAGACGGUGCGAAUCCCAGAAGUUGGCGAUCUCCGAGCUCUAGUGGAGGAUCCACGGCUCAAUCUGAAGGUUGUCCAUCUGGUUAGGGACCCACGGGGCAUCUUGGCAUCAAGGAUCGAGACUUUUAGAGAUACCUAUCGCCUCUGGAGGAUCUGGAGAGCCACAGGGCGCAAACCGUACAAUCUCGACCUGAGCCAGAUCACCACGGUGUGUGACGACAUCUUUCAUUCCAUCAACACAGGAUCUGAGCGUCCAGCAUGGCUUCGCGGCCGCUACAUGUUGGUGCGCUAUGAAGAUUUAGCGCGCCAGCCUCUUCAAAAGACCCGUGAGAUCUACAACUUCCUUGGAUUGACCAUAGAUAAAGGGGUGGAGGAGUGGAUUCGAAAUAACACCAGAGGAAGCAACGACAGUAUGGCGAAGCAUAAAUACGGUACUCUGAGGGACUCGGCUGCCAACGCUGAGAGCUGGAGGCUCAAGCUCUCACACGACAUAGUCGAAUACACACAGACGGUGUGUCAGCAGGUUUUAGAGGAGCUCGGCUACAGAGCUGUGAACUCGCCGGAGGAGCUCAAGAACUUGUCCCUUUCGCUGAUUGAGGACAAGACCUUUGCCCCUUUUUUGUAGCGAGCGCUCACACCUACAACUAUUUUUCUACCCUUCAACUGUUGCCUUAAAUUCGACACGUUUUGCACUAUGAACUUGAGGAAACCGCUCACAGUCACACAGUCUGAACAGCACAAAAGCAAACAAACAAACAAACAAACAAACCAAAAGAUUCCCUUCAGCCUGGAGUCAACUUGAGGAUAAAAAUGCCAGACGCAUUCAUUAUGUUUUAGUCUCUAUGAAGUCCCUGUAUCCAAACCAUUGCUUUGAUAAAGGUGAAUGUUUAUGGAUGAAGAACACAAAAACACAUCCCUGUGCUAAACAGAGGUCUGAAAUGGUAACACCAUGCAAUAAACCUGUGAAUGUCGCA